AUGCAAAACCAGCUAGAAUGGGCAAAAAGAUACAAGGUCGUUGGAGGAAUUGCUAGAGGAAUUCUAUAUCUUCAUCAAGAUUCACGACUCACAAUCAUACAUCGUGACCUUAAAGCAGGUAACAUCCUUUUAGAUGCCGAUAUGAACCCAAAAGUUGCCGAUUUUGGAAUGGCGAAAAUUUUUGGAAUUGACCAAACCAAAGCCAAUACUAGAAGAGUAGUCGGAACCUAUGGUUACAUGUCUCCAGAGUAUGCAAUGUAUGGACAUUUUUCCAUGAAAUCAGAUGUCUACAGUUUUGGGGUCUUAGUUCUUGAGAUUAUCAGCGGCAAGAAGAACAGUAGUCUUUAUCAAAUGGAUGAUAGUGCUGCUAAGGCCCGAGUUGCUGUUUCCUCCGGUGUGAUGUACUUGUUGUUGAAACACACAUUGUUCCUUGCUAACCAGAUAUGCCAAAAGAUCCAUGGGAGUUGGAGACUAUGGAGCAACGGAUUGCUGUUAGAGCUCGUUGAUCCGUCCUUUCAAGAUGACUAUCAAACAAAAGAAAUUACCAGAUGCAUUCAUAUCGCUUUACUCUGCGUUCAAGAAGAAGCUCGUCCAACUAUGUCAGCAGUAGUCCAGAUGCUCACUACCAGUUCGAUUGCUCUUGCCAAACCUCGACCACCUGGAUUCUUCUUCCGAAGCAGGGACGAAAAAGUAGAGAAAGUAGGUCCAUCUACGCAUACGUCUGCUCUAUGUUCAGUCGAUGAUGCUUCCAUUACUAGCGUAGCUCCCCGUUGA